AUGAUAUAUUAUGAGACAAGUACAGGAAGUCGUCUGUCUGUGACCAUCACACAGCUGAGAAAAGCUGACUCUGGACGUUAUUGGUGUGGUUUGAGGAGUUACCAUUGGGGUCCACACAAGCAGUUUAAGAUCACCGUCACAGAUGCUCCGCCCCCUUCAAAACCAAAGUCGACUGUCAGACCUGCACCACCAACAACAACAACAACAACAACAACAACAACACAAAGUUUCAGAAGAAGAUCCACAUCUUCAUCAUCUUCCACUGAAACCACUGAACAGUUUGAACAGGAGAAAACUGAGACAACAACAGAUGGAGGUUCAGGUGUGCCGCUGUACGUGGGUCUGACUCUGUACUUCUUCGUGCUCCUGUUCUCCGUGGCUGUGCUGAUACUCUGCAAGAAAAGAGCCUCUAAACCCAAAGAACAUCCUGAGGAAACACAGUGUGCUAAUGUCACAGAGACCAGACGGAUGUAUGAGGAGAUCAGAGAGGAUCAGAGCAGAUCUCCUUCAGUCCAAACCUUUGCUGUGUAUAGCGUAGCCACUGCCUCAGCAUCCCGUCCUCUGAGCAAAGUAAGAAAUACUGAAGAUGAGUGGAGUGAAGUCGUCUAUACUUUCCAACAGAGCAGCCUCCUCACUCAGCAGCGCUCCCUGUGGUCAGGCCGAAAACGUUAUCUACUCUGCACCUCGGAGACGCACUGAUGCCAAAGUAGAUUCACAGCCUCUGUACUCAACUGUUACUUCA